AUGGCUGCCACCAUGACCAGCUGUGUUCUCUCUUCCGCCGCGUCCCUCUCUGGCUGCCAAAUUGCGGCUCCCCGUCAACAGCAGGCUGUCAGGCGGUCCGUUGCCGCUGUCCGCUGCGAGGCGGCUGCAUCGGAGGACAAGCACGUCGUGUCCCGGCGAUCAGCCACUGCUCUCGGCCUAGCUGCGCUUCUUGCUGCCAUCCCCGCCUCUUCCGCCUCUGCUAAAGACAUCCCUCUUUUCGGCAUUAGGAAGAAGGCCGUUGAGGAGCCCGCUGCUCCUGAAGUGGCUGCUCCCAUGGGUGCCUCGUCUCCUGCGGCUCCUGUUGUUGCUCCCUCCGUCGGUGUCCCAGUCACGUCAGAGAGCGACAUUCCCGCUGAGACCCAGGCUGUCGCCGUUGCUGCCGUGGAGGUCGUUGCUGUGCUUACCGCUGGCGCCAUCGUCAAGUCGGGAAAGGGGAAAGGGGGCGGGGAUGGUGGAGCAGGGGGAGAAGGGGGCGCGGGGGGUGGGGAAGGAGGGGGAGCGGAGGACGAGGAGAUGAAGAAGUUUCUAGAGGAGGUGAGGCGGGCAGAGGUGGAAGCAGCUGCUGCGCAACGGGCAGCGAGAAAGAGAGGUCGAGUGGUGGCGGCUUUAGCCCAUGGCGCUGAUGCUGAUAUGGAGGAGGAAGAGGAGGAUGAGGAUGAGGAUGAGGAGGAGGAGGCGGAGGGAGAGGGAGAGGAGGGUGAGGAGGCAGGGGAGGGGAAGGGGGAAGGGAGGAAGGGGCAGGGAGGUGGAAAUGCGGAUGUGGAAAUGACCACUGCAGACGCACAAGAGGGGAAGGGGCAGCAGCAGGGGCAGGAGAAAGGGGAAGGGCGGCAGGGGCAAGGGGAGGAGGGAGAUCCAGCAGAGGGGGACCAAUUUGAGGAUGAUGAUGGCACGAUCUACCGAUGGGAUGCGCGCAUGCGCGUGUGGGUGCCUCUGGAUGAUGAUGGGACGGUUGACCGAUGGGAUGCGCGCAUGCGCGUGUGGGUGCCUCUGGUGAGUGAGAUCUCCCCACUCCCCUCCUCAUACCCCUGCUGUUUCCUGCCUUCUGGGUCUGUGCUGUCUUGUGGCUUCCAGGGGGAAGAAGGAGCAGCGGCAGCAGGUGCAGGAGCAGCAGCAGCAGGGUUACCAGAUGCAGCAGCAGGGUAUGAUCCAGAGCAGAUGGUAUUCGUAGAAGACGAGGAGGUUAUUCCCUCUCUUGACGCCGCCAUUGCUGCUGCUGUAGCUGAGAGGGAGCGCGCAGAGGCGAGUGAGGAGGAGGAGAUGGGGGGGAGAGGAGGGGAGGGGGAGCGUGGGGGGAAGAAGUGGGGGAAGGGCGGGGAGAAGGAGAAGGGGAAGGGGAAGGGGUGGAAGAAGGGGGAGAAACGAGGCGGGGGUGGGAAGGGGGAGGAAGGAGGAGGAGCAGAGGGUGGGAAGCAUUGGGGAGAGAUGGAGGGGAGUGGGAAGGGCAAGGAAGGGGGGAAAGAGGAGGGGGCAGGGAAGAAGGAAGAAGGGCAAGAGAAGGAGCAUGUGGAAACACGAAAAGAGCUCCAGAAGAAGGUCGCCAACAACGAACCCAACGAGUGGUUUGAGCUGAAAGUCAACACAAGUGUGUACGUCACCGGCCUGCCUCAUGAUACUAACGAGGCCGAGGUGCUGGAGGUGUUUUCCAAGUGUGGGCUUAUCAAAGAGGACCUGGAGACCGGCAAGCCGCGGGUGAAGCUGUAUCGGGACAAGGCGACAGGCGAGCUCAAGGGCGAUGGGCUCAUCACAUUCCUCAAGCCGCCCUCAGUUGACCUUGCUCUCAAGAUUUUGGACGGCACUCCCCUGAGACUAGGCGACAAGCACCCCAUGUCUGUGGCCCUUGCCAAGUUCGAGCAGAAAGGCAAUGUGUUUGUGAAGAAGGCGAGUGACAAGAACAAGAAGAAGAAGCUCAAGAAGCUCGAAGCGAAGGUGCUGGGAUGGGGCGGGUCUGACAAUGCCAAGCACACCCUCCCCAUGACGGUCGCGCUGUUCCACAUGCUCACACGCGACGAGGUGGUCAACGACCCCUCGCUGCCGGUGGAGCUGGAGGCGGAGGUGCGCGAGGAGUGUGCCAAGAUGGGCGUGGUGGAGCGAGUCAAGGUGUUCCCCAAUCAUCCAGACGGCGUGGUGACUGUGAGGUUCAAGGACAAGGCAGCUGCGUUCAAGUGCAUAGAAGUCAUGCAUGGGCGAUGGUUCGGGGGCCGACAAAUAUCAGCGGUUGAAGACAAGGGUCUGGUCAACUGGGGGCUUGUGAGGGACGAGGAGGAAGAAGCAAGAAGGUUGGAGCAGUUCGGGGAGGAGUUGGAGGCUGAUGAAAAAUAG